AUGGUGGCCUCCACAGGAGUUAAAGUUCCUCCUCGUAAUUUUCGCUUGUUGGAAGAACUUGAAGAAGGACAAAAAGGAGUAGGCGAUGGUAUGGUUAGCUGGGGCCUUGAAGAUGAUGAAGAUAUGACACCUCUAAGGUGGGAAGGCAUGAUUAUUGGACCACCAUGGACAAAAACAAUAUAUAGCUUGAAAGUAGAAUGUGGACCUAAACACCAAGAAGCUCCUCCAUCAGUUAGAUUUGUAACCAAAAUUAAUAUGAAUGGAAUUAAUAAUUCCAGUAGAAUAGUGGGUGCACGGAGUAUACCAGUGUCAGCAAAAUGGCAAAAUUCAUAUAGCAUUAAAGUACUUCAAGAGCUAAGACGUCUCAUGAUGUCCAAAGAAAAUGUGAAGCUUCCACAGCCACCAGAAGGACAUACAACAAUUAAUUUUAGUGGAUCUCAAACUUGUCUUAAAUCAACAACCUUCUACUCAUGUUAA